GGCGAAGGUUGUGGCACUUGCUUUUGGAUCCAGCGAUUCCGAUUCCAAUUCGCAGCGCAGAUAUAGUACAAAGUGCAGGCCAGCAGAAGUUGGAAUAAAUUAUAGACCAGCCAACAGCCAAAAGCCAAAACAGGAUGGGUUUCAUCUUCGGUUGGCUGUCGACCGAGCACUAUGUGCGCGACAUCUUCCUCAUGACUUCAGUGGCCGCCAUAGUGGCCACCCUGAUGAGCAUUCGGUUUUAUCUGCGCAUCACGGCAGGACGAUGUUUCACCGAGACAAAGAUGGAGGGCAAGACAGUUAUUAUCACAGGUGCCAACAGCGGAAUUGGCAAGGAGACGGCCAAGGAUCUGGCAGGACGUGGAGCCCGCAUCAUCAUGGCCUGCAGGAACCUGGAGACCGCCAAUGCAGUAAAGGAUGAAAUUGUCAAGGAGACGCAGAACAACAAGAUCCUAGUCAAGAAACUGGAUCUGGGCUCCCAGAAGUCCGUCCGCGAGUUCGCCGCUGACAUUGUGAAGACCGAGCCCAAGAUCGAUGUGCUGAUCCACAAUGCCGGCAUGGCUCUGGCCUUCCGCGGACAGACGAGUGAGGAUGGCGUGGAGCUGACCAUGGCCACAAACCACUACGGACCCUUCCUGCUGACGCACCUGCUCAUCGAUGUGCUGAAGAAGAGCGCGCCGGCUCGCAUUGUCAUCGUUGCCUCGGAGCUGUACCGCCUGUCUUCGGUUAACCUGGCCAAGCUCAACCCCAUCGGCACCUUCCCGGCUGCCUACUUGUACUACGUGUCCAAGUUUGCAAACAUCUACUUCGCCCGGGAGCUGGCCAAGAGGCUGGAGGGCACCAAGGUGACGGUGAACUUCCUGCAUCCCGGCAUGAUCGAUUCGGGCAUUUGGCGCAAUGUCCCCUUCCCCCUCAACUUGCCCAUGAUGGCCAUCACCAAGGGAUUCUUCAAGACCACCAAGGCCGGAGCCCAGACCACUAUCUACUUGGCCACAUCCGAUGAGGUGGCCAAUGUGUCUGGAAAAUACUACAUGGACUGCAAAGAGGCCACUCUCAAUGCCGCUGCCCUCGACGAGGAGAAGGGUCUCAAGAUCUGGGAGGAGUCCGUGAAGAUCGCCAAGCUCACGCCCCAGGAUCCCAAGAUCUAGAUGGGUGUUCGCGGUUGAGAGCCAGUGCACAAUUAACUGAUUUAAUUUUCUUGUUUUUAAGGAGGAGUUUACUGUAGCCUAAGUUUUCUCAAUAAAAAUGAUUUAUAUACAUAAUUAAA